GGCAGGAGGCAGAGGAGUGAAGGAGAGAGUAGACGGCUUCGUCUCCCAUAGAAUCCUAGGGUUUCGUUUCGCAAUCGUCUCUCAAUUUGAAUUGCUGUGUUUUACCAUGGAUGCUCAGCGGGCUUUGCUUGAUGAACUCAUGGGCUCAGCACGCAAUCUGACUGAUGAAGAGAAAAAAGGGUACAAAGAAAUCAAAUGGGAUGAUAAGGAUGUUUGUGGAUGCUAUAUGGUUCGAUUCUGCCCCCAUGAUUUGUUUGUCAACACUCGAAGUGAUCUAGGAGUUUGUCCCAAGAUUCAUGAUCCGAAGUUGAAGGAAAGUUUCGAGAACUCACCCAGGCAUGAUUCAUUUGUUCCCAAGUUUGAAGCUGAACUGGCUCACUUCUGUGAAAAGCUGGUUUCUGAUUUAGAUCGGAGAGUUAGACGUGGUCGAGAACGCCUUGCUCAAGAUGUAGAAGUUCCCCCUCCUCCUCCCAUUUCAGCUGAAAAGUCCGAGCAGUUGUCCGUGCUGGAAGAGAAGAUAAAGAACCUGCUUGAGCAAGUUGAGUCGCUUGGUGAAGCAGGGAAAGUUGAUGAAGCUGAGGCACUUAUGAGAAAGGUGGAAUUACUUAAUCUUGAGAAGACAGCAUUGACUCAACCUCAGCAGGAUAAAUUAUUGAUGGUUGCACAGGAGAAAAAAAUGGCAUUAUGUGAAAUAUGUGGUUCCUUUCUGGUUGCAAAUGAUGCUGCAGAGAGAACUCAGUCACACGUUACUGGCAAGCAGCAUAUGGGAUAUGGGAUGGUCCGUGACUUUCUAGCUGAAUAUAAGGAAGCUAAGGAGAAGGCAAAAGAGGAAGAAAGGUUAGCGAAAGAUAAGGAAGCUGGAGAGAGAAGAAAGCUGCGGGAGAAAGAGUUUGAGAACAAAGGCAGAAGAAGUGGAUCAGCUGACAGGGACAGGUACCCUGAUAGGGAUUAUGAUAGGGAGAGGGACCGAUAUCGGGAGCGUGAUCGUGAUCAUGACAGAUCUCGGGAAAGAAAUGGUAGAGGAAUGCGUGAAAGAGGAAGGGGUUCAGAUAGGAAAUAUAACACUCCAAAUGGAAGAGAAGGCAGCAGGGAUAGAUAUCGAGAGCGUGACAGAAGCAGGUCACGCACUCCACCCAGGCAUGGCCGCAGAAGGCCAUCCAGGAGUCCUGGCCACCCCCAUUAACAGAGAUUGUGUAGAAAUAUAUCUGAGAAUUAUGAAGAGGUAGAUACUUCUAUGAACUAUGGAGCUUAACUGUAUGUGAUUUGGAGUCGGUUCUGUUGUCAUUAUGAGUAAAGUUGUUUUCUGUCCUCACAGCUCUGUUGAGAUAUAUCAUCUCCCUAUCAUCACUAUAAUUAGAGGAGAAAACGGUUGAGGUAGGUACAAUUUCUUUGUCGUAACUAUUCACUUUAUGUUUUUGUCGACUGUUUAUGCUCUUUAUGUGGCAUUGUGCUCUUUCUUAGUUUUUUGGCUGCCAUAUCCGUUUUCAUGGGAAUCUGUUUUCUUCUGUUUGGAUGGUUAUUCAGAUUAUCCGGGGAAUCUGUUUCUCUUCACUCUGGUAACUCAGGUCAUGCAUUGUGAUUUUCUUGCUUGUGAUUGUUACUUAUUUGUCAUGUAGAUCUGGUGUUGCAUUUACGUGAGGCUCUUGUGCCGAUGGGGUAAAUAUUUCUUGUCUGAUUUCUUUUCCUACACCCGUGAACCCAAAGUUGAAUAACAUGUAGGGACAAGAUUAAACAUAGUGGAAAGGAUUCAUAUGACUCUUAGCAAAACCUCGUGGCUAUCGUCAGGUAAUUUUGUACCUCCUUUGAGGCUACUAUAUAUUCAGGUUACUACUUCCAUUGGAGCAUGAAACUCCGGUUUGAGAAUCCUAGUUAGAAGAGGCCCUCGUGCUUGCGUAAAGCUAAUAUGCUAAGGAAGGAUGGAAUUGCAUUGAAUGGCAUGGUAACUUUCUGUUUUCUUGUAGCUAGUAAAAUAGUAGUGAGGCAUCUUAUGGUUUGUGCACUAACCAGAGCAGUAUGAUUCAUGUUCGUAAGUGUUUAGUAGACGUGUUGAGGAAAGUUCAGUUUGUGUUUCCGGGUGGCCACUAUUGAAGGUAGUCAGUCAGUCGAGACUCGCAUUGUUGCUUGUCUCGUCGCUAUUUUGCCGCAUUUUUUCACCAUUGUAUGUUGGUUUGUUAAAUGAUCUAGCCUUGGGUUGCUAAGAAUUGCCAAGCACACGAGGUUCAGUGUGAGA